AUGACUGAUUUAGCUUCUCCUUCCACCUCACAGGCACCCCAGCCAGUUCACGUUUUUUACUGUGGUAUUUGCCAGUUCCCUGUCGAGUACUGCGAAUUCUCAAACUCUUUUAAGCGUUGCAAGCAGUGGUUGGAGGAUGAGCACCCUGAUGUCUACGCCGACCUCUACUCCGCAGAUGCCCUGAAAGAAAAGAUGGGCUCUCUAUCCCUCGAGGCUGAGCAGAAGCUCGAACAAGACGUCGCAAAGAACGAAGCCAGAGCCGAGAAGAAGGCUCUCAAAGAAAUUGAACAAAAGAAAUCCUCCAAGAUCACUAUCAUCCGUGAAGAGAGAACUAAACGCAAGGUUACCACCCACAUACAAAACCUAGAUGCUUUCAACGUUGACCUUAAACCCGCUGCCAAACUGCUAGCUCAAAAGUUCGCUACUGGUUCGAGCGUCACUAAGAACCCUCAAGGCAAAGAUGAAAUCGUUGUACAGGGCGACGUCACCGAUGAAGUCGAGGAUAUGCUCCACGCUCGUCAGAAAGUACUCAGUACUCUACCCGAGAAAGUUAAAGUCGUCAAAGAGGAUAAGAAGAAGAAGAAAAACACCGAGGAGGAUCAGCAGCAGCAAGAAUAA